GGGAGUGGCCAGUUAUGUGGUAUGGCAGAAAUGACUGGCCCAGUGGAUUUUCACAGAGAUGUGGAUUUCGAUUUCCGGCUGCGAGAUAAACGGAGUGGAAGCUUUCCGGUGAAGUGGCACUUCAUAAAGGAUUUGGCAAACUUAAAAAGUUUUAGGUUCACCAUAUUGCACACCAAUGAGAACAUGCCAGGGAUUGACAACAGAGACAUACAAAGGUUAAGCUACAAGAAAGGUCUGCGGAUGCAUAACAUAUUCAAGCGCCGUACAUCAACAACAUCCCUACUCGACUCAACUGGAUGCGAGAAGUCUCUCCAAUGAGUAGAGGCGGAUCCAGGAUUCAUCUUUAGGGGGCUGAAUUUAUUACCGUGUCACGUUUUUCAUUGA